CGGGGCAGCCGCCCCGGCCAUUUUGCUCGGGCCGCAGAGCCGGGAGGCCGCGGCCUGAGGGAGGAUGCUGCGGCUGCGCUGCAAGGCCCGGAGCGGCUCCCACCCGCUGCCCGGCCUCACGGCGCAUUCCCGCCUCCGGGAGCUGCAGGCCGCCCUGGCCGCCCUCACCGGGGUGCCCGCCCCGGCCCAGCGCCUCCUCCUCGGCUUCCCCCCGCGGAGCCUGGACCUGAGCGACGGGGAGCGGCGGCUGGGGGAGCUCGGCAUCCACUCAGGUGAUACUCUAAUAGUUGAAGAGGACAUGACCAAACCCAAGACUGAGUCACCUGUAGUUGCAAAAAGGAGUGUCUCUACUUUGGUCAGGGAAGCACUGCCUGUACUUGCAAGGAGGGUUGUUCCAGCAGAUAACUCCUGUCUCUUCACAAGCAUAUUCUAUGUGGUAGAGGGAGGCAUUUAUGAUCCAGCAUGUGCUCCGGAGAUGCGCAGUCUUAUAGCCCAGAUAGUGGCAAGUGAUCCAGAGUCCUAUUGUGAGGCAGUACUAGGGAAAACCAAUGAAGAGUAUUGUGAGUGGAUCAGAAGAGAAGAUACGUGGGGAGGAGCCAUCGAAGUAUCCAUUCUGUCUAAGUUUUAUCAGUGUGAAAUCUGUGUAGUUGAUACACAGACAGUCAGAAUUGACCGUUUUGGGGAAGAUGCUGGCUAUGCUAGGCGGGUCCUUCUGAUUUAUGAUGGGAUUCAUUAUGAUCCACUUGAACGUAAAAUCCCUGACUCAGACAUCCCUCCCCUGACCAUUUUCUCAACAAAUGAUGAUGUUGUUCUUGCACAAGCAUUGGAAUUAGCGGAUGAAGCCAGACGAAAGAGGCAGUUUACGGAUGUAAAUCGCUUUACACUAAGAUGCAUGGUGUGCCAGAAGGGUCUAACUGGACAAGUGGAAGCCAGAGAACAUGCCAAGGAGACUGGGCAUGCGAACUUUGGAGAAGUGUGACAUCUACAUGAGGAUGGUUACAUCUACUACCUCACUGCUCCAGAAUAAGAUUCUGGGUUUUCAGAUAAGCUGUAUGUAAGCAUAAAAAACUCCCUCCACAAAGCUUGAAAAGCCCUCUUAACUUAAUGAUUGAGACGCACAGGUUUGUUAUGGUUAGUGUGCAGGUUUACAGAUAGUGUCACUACUGCAUACCUCUCUUCCCAACUAGUUUGAAAUAGGUAACUUGCAUGCUGAUUUUUAAAGUAACUGGCAGCUGUUUGUUGUAUGUUAGCAGCUAAAAGUCCUGACUCCUGAAGAACCUUAUUUUCUGAUGGAGAAGCUGCUGUGUGACAUGGCUGGACAUACACACAAUACUGUACCUAGAGUUAAAUAGACUUAGAGUAACACAGCUGAAAUCUAAACUCUGAAUUAUUGGGUUUAGUUAUCUUUCAAUACUUCUAAACUGGUCCUACAGUUUAGCAUAUUCAUGAGCCUAUCAGCAUUUUGUAUGAUGAGUUACAUAGUAACUCUUAUACAUUCAGGCGAUUUUUGCAGCAGAGAUGCCUACAGUGCAUACUUCAUAUAGAAAAGGUAACACCAAAGUUGCCCUGCUGCUUUAGGUCAGAAUGAACAAAAGUAGAAUGUACAGUCUGAUAGUGGCUGUACUGAAAGCUUUUUUAAAAUUAAUGAGUAGAGUUAAAUACCCAAUAAACUUAAUAUUUUUCCAUAGAUAUUACUUGAAAUGUAGUUUAGUUGCUUGAAAAUUAACUGUCAACCCCUCUGUUUACACUGCAUCCGGAUGUUGGCAUGUUUCUUGAAAUACUUGGAUCCUCAGUAACAAUAUGAUCUCAAUUCCAGCAAGAAGGAAUUACAGUAGUUCAGAUUCAAAUUACAGAUCAUAUUGGUUAAACAUUAAAAUCUAGUUUUGCUAAAAUGUGGCUGAUCUUGUGCCCACGGAAAGUGUUAAGCUGUACCAGGCUCCAAAUAUUGUGUUAACACUUUUUAAUCUUUGGUUCUCAUUUUUUUACAGGUCAAAGGCUUGUUCUUUUUUCAGAAGGUCAGAGCAUUUAUCCAAAAGGGAAAAACUUGAAGUUUCUUCGUUUGCAUUCUGCCAAUGCCCGUUAGCUUGCUUGAUUUCUCUCCAGUGAUUAAGUAGCAAGACCUCUAUUCUAAUAAGGAAUGGAGCAGUUUUUCAUAACAAAAUAAGCUAGGUAAAAUGCUUUACUUCUGAAAUGACAAAAGCAGGGAUGUCAAAACUGGUACAAUAAAGAAAUCUCGCCUUAUGGGGGAUUGUGAGGCUUAAUGUAGCGUGCUUUGAGAUCUAAAUUAAAGAUGCAGUAGAUGUGCAUAUUACUGAAAUUAUUUUUUAGAAUGCCUCAAUGUGUAUGUUAAGGCAUUUAAACUCUUUUAGCCAUGUUUUCUUACUUUUGUUUGGGUCUGAAAUACCUGCUGAAUGUUUGUGCAAAUGGGGAACAAACAUACAGAUCUUCAUAAUGUAGUAGUAAUGUGUCAGGUUCGGGAAUGGAAACUUCUAGUUAUUCAAAGACAAACACCAGUUACUAAGGCUAUCCUAGCUAAAACCCUGAUUCAGGAAAGCCCCCUUAAGCACCUGCUUAAGUAAUUUUCUGAAUUGGAGCCCUCAUGCAUAUCUAAGCGUAGGGAUUAUUCUGUGGACCCUCAGUGGAACUAGGAAUGUGCUCAUAGUUACAUGUGCAUAGGUGUCUUGCUGGAUUAAGGCCUAAACAAAGUAGUAUAUAAAUAGUAUAAUUACCAAGAGUAUAACGGACCAGAAUUUUUACUUGGUAUUAAUUACAUUGCACUCAUGAGUUUGUUACAGAAAUCAAGUUAGCUGCCAGUGUUAAGCCCACUUAGCUUUUAGUCUUGUUUUAAACUGUUUUUAAUGCUUGACUGGAAGCAGAUGCUUAAAGCUAAUGUAAUGAGACAGUAGUUCAACAGAACAUGAAAGAUACUGGAUUAUAAAUACUUGAGAUGGAAUUUGGGUUAGUAACUACAUCAAGGGACUGUCACUCCUACAUUAUAUUCCCAACUGUGUCAGUGAAUGGGUGACACACCCUGGACAAAUUGCUACACCUCAGUCUGUAUAUUCAUCAAUAAAAUGGGUAUAAUAUCUACCUCACGGAGGUAUUGAGGCUAAUGGAUUGAUGUGUGUAAAGUGCUUGGAUGAAAGAUGCUACGUAAUUGCGAAGUACUAUUGUGUGCCAUGUCAGUAAACUGGUUUUUGGCUUUUGCAAAAUCCUUUAGUUUUGUGCUCUGGAAUCUGCAAUACAAGACUUCAUAAAUCUUUGCAUAUGUUGUAACAGAGUCCAAACUUUUAUCUGCAAUGGAUCUCUGAAGUGGAUAGCAUGGUCACAAGUGUUUGCCCUGUUCUAAUACUUAAAAAAAAAAAGUCUCCUUUAUUUAAUUGACACUUGCAUUAAACACAAUAUAGCAGAGAUUCAUUCUCAUUGCUUGAAUGUGUUUUUAGUUACUUAGAAAAUCAGAUGGAUUUCAGUCUGAAAUCGCCACUGAACUGCUGUAAUACACUAAAAAUAUCUGAACAAGUAACAAUUAACUUAGAAAAAUUAAGAUGUUGAAUUUUAACAAAGAGCAGAGUCAUUUACAGAAUCUAAAUUGAGAGCUGGAAAGUGGUCAGUUACCUUCCUCCCAAGCAGAAAAUCUAAAUUUUCUGGGGGGGGGUAAACUAAAAUAUAUAUAUUUGAAAAAGCAACUUCACUUGUUUUCUCUUACGGUAAGAUCUUAUAAAUUUGUGCUAGCUUCAUUAUAGCUGAUUCUACUAGCAUCUGUGUGCCCUUUUUACAGUAGAGACAUGGAAAUAUGAGUGAUUUCCUUAUCUUAGGAAUCAACCUGUGACUUUUUCAACACCUCUCUUAAUUGAGUUGUACUGAAGCAUUACUACUUUUAGCUCCAAGAUACUAAUUGUGGACACUUUAUAAACUUAGUUGUUCAAGACAGCAUGGAACUGAAGCUCAGGUAAUGCAUUUGGCAAUGAAGCUUGUCAUCUGUCCAUAAUGACCCCAAAAUACCAUCAGAUGUGGACUGAUGUCCUUACAACUUCCCCAAAAUAUUAUUAGCACUAAUUUCCAUGUGUUUCAAUGGAAUUGAACUAAUUUCAAUGUUUCAGCUGAGACUAGGGAUUGAAUGGGCCAUGGAGACUGAACUUCCUACCCCAGAGGAAGAUUCCUUUGUCAAGGUUGAACAUUAGUAUCCUUUUGAAGCUGGCCUGUGCGGGACUACUUCUCUGAUUAAAUUAGAGGACUUCAGCUUCCAAGUUGCCAGUCUGGCCCUUUUCACCAGCACUCAAUUCCUUUUCCUGAAGAAGGGAGGAAAGAAGCUUAACCUACUCUAAUCAUGUGGCCUUUCACAAACAUUUUAUAUUGCAUGAAGAAACGCACAUCUCAUGAUUUUCACAGCACUUUAAAAGCUUGUCAAAGUUUACAUGUUUAGCAGUGUUUUGCAGGGACCUAGCCUGAAGUAGGUGUGGUGUUGCAGUAAAAUAACUGACAGUGAACAAUUUCUAAAAAUCUUGAUACUAAAAGCAUACCUAUGUAUUCCAGUGACAUAACAUCCUGUUUUAUCAUUAGCACAGGUUAUUUUUAAGUAUAUUUCUUUCAAUGUGCCCUAUAUUGCAAAACUCAAUAUUGCACCAAUAAAAAUGUGAUUUAUGCAUGCGUAUUUUUGAUGUAGUGUUCAUUUGUGGCUCAGGUCUUGGGGUUUAGUUAUAGUGGUGGAAAAACCUGAAUAAGUGAAUGGAGCAUGAAUUAGUCUUCACAAGCCACUAACACACACCUGGCCCCUUACAGUUAGCUAGUUCCAAAGGCAAAUAAGUGCUUGUAAUGUAGCUUUUCUGUAGAAUUCAUGGACAAGUAGAGUUUUGAGACAGUCAAAACACUAUCGCAUUCUUGUAAGAUCCAUUGAAGUGUGACAUUCAACAAUGUAAAAUUGUUUUUCAGUGUAUGAAAAAUAAAUCACUUCUAAAUGGAAGUGCAUUUAAUAUAGUCUCAGCCAGGGGUUUGGAAGAGCAAUUAGAUUAACUUUUGAAACUUGGACUCUAUAAAUACUGCAUGAUAUCUUUUGUAAUGUAAAUGGAAAAUGCAUCGAAUUCACUAAGGAGCACUUUCUAUGAAGCAUUUUUCAACAGCACUAGAUUUAUGUAAAUUCAUUCUGUAAAACAUUUUCCAAGCUUCCACCUUCAGAUCCCCUUCUUAUAAAACUCACUGGAUCUCCAAAGGCUCUCACCCUCAAGAAAGGUGUGCAAACUUAAGAGGUGACUCCCAUAUGUUUCUCAGAUUAGCUAGGCACAUGAAAGAAGUUCCCAAGUAUGGGGCUAUUACCUGUUUCAGUAGGUACUUGCUGACUAGAGGCCUGCUGUGUAGAAUUAAAAGGCAUUAGAAAUGGACUAGAAGCCCUUUAUCCUGCUUUUGAGACACUCCAUCUAAGAAAUGGGACAGCCCAUCUUCCCUGCUAACACCUUAUCCUGUCUGCCUUGGGUUAAGAAAUGGAUGAUUAAAAUUACUGUGGACAAAAAAAAAAGGUACAGGAGUUGUUACAGUGUAGCUUUGUUGUUACCCACCUCUGUUAACCAUGUACUUUUUUUUAAGCACUUCAGUUCAAAAAGCACUUGACUAAAUGAAGUGACUUUGCACAAUCUUUAGUGUGCUAGUUACAGACUGUUAGCUUUGAUACUUUAAAAGGAGUUUGUUUUGGACAAGAAUCAAAAGACCUGGCAGAGUCUUCUCUUGUGCAUAAGGCUGAGAAACGGAUGCGUGCAAAAACCAUGGGGUGAUGUCAUACCUUCAGUGAAGGCAAUGCAAGUUUUGUCUUUGACUUUAAUGGAGGUGUUUCACCUCCUGUUGCUAUAUUGUGCCGUGGUAAAUGCUGCAGACAAAGUUGUCUGAAGCAUACUGUGCAUGCAUGAAGCACUACACCACACUGGAGUUUGUCAUAUACGAAAGGACAAAACUGUAUAAUUGUUUCCCACUCUUGAUUGCAAGAGAUUUAAUAUAUCGUAGUUAAAUUUAAAAAAUAGAAUACUUCUUACCAGCCCGAUUAGACAAUGUAACCUUUAGCAAAUUCAGAAUACUACUGAAAGGCGCAUGGGAUGUAGUUAAGGUAGAAGGGCAUGGUUGUCAGAAGCUAAAGAGAGGAAAGCUGUCCCAGAUGGCAAGAGACAGAAAAGGAGGCUUUUGGUGUCACAAAAUACCGUGUUAGUAACUUGAGUCUACUAUGCACACAAGUUCACAUCAGAAUCCUGUCAUUACUUGUGGCAUAUUUGUCCAAUCGUAUUUUCCAGCGUUUUCAUUCAGUAUGCCAUUCCUGUGAGGACUAUACAAAAGGCAACUUGUACAUCUGAAGCCUUUUGAAUUUGCCAUUUUGAACAUUGCAUUAUUUUACUUUUAAAUCUGUAUGAUGCUGUAUAUUCACGUUGUUUAUAGUGGGAAAAAUAAAGUGAACAAUGUGUUGGGUAAACCAUUUGUCUUCUGCAUAAGAUUUUCACUGGUUGCUUGGUGUACAAAAACAAUGGUAUAACUGUAGAACUAUUACAUGGGUUUUUGUACAAUGAGGUCUAUUUUCUAAAGCAUCAGCAUACUUGGUCAAUUUCAUGCACUCAAUGUAUUUCUCAUUUCUUAACACCAGAGGGCGGUGUUAACGCAUCUUCCUAUUCAAUUUGUAAAUUUUAUGCAUAUGAAUGAUGAAUAGUCUGUGCUCAGUCUAUCUGAACUAAUAAAUUUGCAAGAUUGUUUA